UCAUUGCUCUUCACCUGCAUCUGCCUCUGUCCACAAGCCUUGAAAAAUCUAAACUUCAAUUCAACCACCCUUUCUGAACCAAAAAAAGAAGAAAGAAACCUUUUCCCCCUUUCCCCUGUUCUACUUGCUUACGACAACAAGCACAGGAAUCUUUGGCGACAAAAUUUUGAAAUGGUGAUGUUGGCCAGUUUUCUUAAAGACCCUGAAUUUGCUAAUGUGGAUUCAAGUGAAAACGAGUCUGUUCCUUUUAAAGGAACGAUUUUGAGGACUAAAAGUGGUAAAUUUGCUUCAUCCAUCUCGGAGCCUUGUGUUUCUUGUACCACCUUCAACAUCCUGGCUCCUAUCUACAAGCGCUUGGACCAGCAGAAUCAGAGCGUACGUGAAAGUGAUUUUAGAACAUUUUGGUUAGCUAGAAAUGAGAGGAUAGUUGAUUGGCUGCUUUACGAAAGCUCUUCCAUUAUAUGUCUCCAGGAAUUUUGGGUUGGAAAUGAAGAAUUGGUGCAAAUGUAUGAACAAAGGCUCGGUGCUGCCGGCUAUAACACCUUUAAGCUUGCAAGAACCAAUAACCGAGGAGAUGGUUUGUUGAUUGCUGUACACAAGGGGAACUUCAGGAUUUUAAAUUACAAGGAGUGGCUCUUCAAUGACUUUGGAGACCGUGUUGCUCAAUUGUUACAUGUUCAAUCAAUUAUCCCUUUCAGUAAGGACGACGAUACCGAACAAGAGACACUUAUUGUGAAUACUCACCUAUUAUUUCCUCAUGAUUCCAGUUUAUCCAUUGUAAGACUGCACCAGGUUUAUAAAAUACUACAAUAUAUCGAAACAUAUCAGAGAGAACAUAAACUCAGCCAAGCACCUGUCAUACUCUGCGGUGACUGGAACGGAAGCAAACGUGGGCAUGUUUACAAGUUCCUGAGGUCCCAGGGAUUUGAAUCGUCGUACGAUAUCGCUCAUGAAUAUGCGGAUAGUGAUCACAAGUGGGUUAGCCAUCGAAAUCAUAGAGGAAACAUCUGCGGUGUCGAUUUCAUAUGGCUUCGUAACCCUAACAAGUCGAUAAAACCAUUGAAAAUAAGUUGGGCUGAAGCAGCUUUCGGUAUAAUAAAGUAUCAACUGCAAAAGGCUUCAUUGGAUGAAAAAGAUGCCUUUGACUUUCUAAGGGGCGACGACAAUGGCAACUACAUAACGUAUUCGGCUUUCUGUGAUGCACUUAAACAGCUAAAUUUAACCGGUCUUCCUCAUGGACUAAGUUUCCAGGAGAUGAAAGAGCUUUGGGUCCAAGCAGACGUCGAUGGCAAUGGCGUUCUUGACUACGAAGAAUUUAAGAGAAUUUGGAACUCUACAUGUUCAGUACAUAUGGAUGAAGAUAGCAACACGGAGGACUCCAAUGAUGGCUCCACGAAAGAAGCCAUCGGUUUUGCGGUGAAGAAUGCGAUGCUCUUCCCCCGUGAAGUGGAAAGGGGGAUAUGGCCUGAAAACUACCAUCUAUCCGAUCAUGCUCGGCUCACCGCACUGUUCUCACCGGUUAAGCUAAGGAGCUCACGGCAAAAACUAUAGCAGGAGACAAGUUUGGUCACACAUGGAAAACAAAGGAAAUGGAAAAGUAGUUUUGGAAACAGAUUUCUUUUUUUGUAUAGUUGAUGGCGAACAAACAGCAAAUAUAAGAAAACGGAAACGCCAGUUAGGUUAGGGCAAGCAGAUUUUACAAGUAAUCUAAUCUUCUUUAUUCUUUUUUUA